AUGUAUGACAGGUUCAAAUUCUGGAAGAACAACUGCGUGUUCCUCUUCAACAUUGUGCUCGCUGAUUUUUUGCUGUUGACCUUUCUUCCACUCAAGAUUUACCAUUAUCAGAACAACCAGAGGGGCAGUGAGGAACCCACAGUUUGUGGCACUCUGCUCUUUUUGCGGUUCCUCAAUCGAGGGGCCAGCACCGUCUUCCUAACCAUGAUGUCUCUGGACCGCUACUUCAGUGUAGUCCAUCUUGGGAAGAAAAACUGUUUUAAGGCAUUUAAGAAUUCUCCACUGAUCUCUGUGAUUGUAUGGGUGUCCUUACUGCCAUUCACCAUCCCCACGAUGGUACGAAAGGUUGAUUGCUGCAACAGCUGGGGCCGAGAGGUGUCCACACUUCGUAACAUGUUGACAGACUCCUUCAGAGAAACCAUCUUCUUCUCUCAAAUCGUCAUCCCCUACAUCAUCCUCAUUUACUGCACCGCUCGCAUCGUCAGUCGACUGCGGAGGAAGACGAUCGGGGAGAAGGCCAAGCUGACGAGAGCUGUGUUUGCCGUUGUGUCUGUCGCCGUAGUCUUCUCCAUCUGCUUCCUGCCGUGCACAAUAGCCCGGGCGGCGCUGCUGAUUGUGCGGGUGAAAGAAUGGACACAAGAAGAGGAAGUAGCUACCCAGGUGUACGACGCCCUCAUGGUUUUGUCCUACGCCGACUGCUUGCUGGACCCACUGGUUUACUGCUUCUGCAACUCAGGGUUUAAAGUUGCUUACAUCUCCACUUUCUGCCCAUCGUUUCUAAAGCAGAGACUGCUGGAGUUCGUCACUGGCCCAUUAACCGCUACAACUACAACAACUCUAACAUCAGGAGCUCAAAGUAAUUAUUCAAAACAUUGGAAAAAAGUAGACGGAGGGGAGUCCUGAUGAGGUAAAGCUCAGUUCCAGCAGUAGGUAACAACAGCGGGUCCAGUCCCGAUCCAGACAACCGGCAGCUCUCCAAGAGCUCACAGGAGAAUCCCAACACAGUAACUCCCGGACAGGCAGGUUCAGAUCCCCAAAACCCAACCAGAAGGUUUCGGGCAGGCAGACAGGAACAGACUGAUAUCAGACAAGCUCAGACACAAAGAGCAGAAUAACUGGUUGGGCAACAGAAAGUAGUGAUGGGGCAUCUGAAGCCGGGCUUCGGGCUUCGAGGCUUGUGUCAUAUUCAUAGACAUUAUAUACAUAGAUGCCCCAUUGGACGCUGCCGCCCGCUAGGCUGACGUGCCUACAGGGCGGCCAUCUUUGGUCAGACCACAGAUCAGACAGCUGCUGUCUGAAUGAAUAGGAGGCAGCUCAGAUCACAUUUUAAUCAUAUGUUUACAGUGAUCGUGACCUUUCAGUCAGAUUACACAUAUUUAUUCAGAACCAAACCAAUUUAAACUGAAGUUAAACUGGAUGAGAUAUAUACACGCAGUUAUAUAUUAUGCAGUUACAUAUUAAUAUAAUAAACACACAAAUUAUACACCUCUCUCUCAUAUAUAUA